UUAGCCGACAUUCCCGUGGUCUCCUGCCUCCUGCUCAGCCUAGCUUGGCUAGCCUGAUUUGAAUAACUUCUAGUGAAAGGUAUAGGCAUUGGCCUGCAAUUAAAAAAUGGCAGACGAAGACGUUGCUGCAUUGGUUGUUGACAAUGGGUCUGGAAUGUGUAAGGCUGGCUUUGCUGGAGAUGAUGCCCCGAGGGCUGUAUUCCCAUCCAUUGUUGGAAGACCAAGACAUCAGGGUGUCAUGGUUGGAAUGGGACAGAAGGAUUCCUAUGUGGGAGAUGAGGCUCAAAGCAAGCGAGGCAUCCUCACCCUGAAGUACCCAAUUGAGCAUGGCAUUGUUACCAACUGGGAUGACAUGGAAAAGAUUUGGCAUCAUACCUUCUACAAUGAGUUGCGUGUAGCUCCAGAAGAACAUCCAGUGCUGCUCACAGAGGCACCACUGAAUCCAAAGGCCAACAGGGAGAAGAUGACCCAGAUCAUGUUCGAGACCUUCAACAGCCCUGCCAUGUAUGUGGCCAUCCAGGCUGUGCUAUCCCUGUAUGCAUCUGGCAGGACAACUGGUAUUGUUUUGGAUUCGGGUGAUGGUGUGUCUCACACUGUGCCCAUCUAUGAAGGUUAUGCCCUUCCUCAUGCCAUCCUUCGAUUGGACUUGGCUGGCCGAGACCUCACUGACUACCUUAUGAAGAUUCUCACUGAGAGAGGGUAUUCCUUCACUACUACAGCCGAGAGAGAAAUUGUGCGAGACAUCAAGGAGAAGCUGUGCUAUGUUGCCCUCGACUUUGAGCAGGAAAUGGCAACAGCUGCCAGCAGCAGCAGUCUGGAAAAGUCUUAUGAGCUGCCUGAUGGUCAGGUGAUCACGAUUGGAAAUGAGCGCUUCCGUUGCCCUGAGGCUCUCUUUCAACCCUCAUUCCUGGGAAUGGAAUCUUGUGGAAUCCAUGAAACCACCUACAACUCCAUCAUGAAGUGCGAUGUGGACAUCAGGAAGGACCUGUAUGCCAACACAGUGCUGUCUGGAGGAAGCACCAUGUUCCCAGGAAUUGCAGAUCGCAUGCAAAAGGAGAUAACAUCUUUGGCUCCAUCUACCAUGAAGAUCAAAAUCAUUGCUCCACCAGAGAGGAAGUAUUCAGUUUGGAUUGGAGGGUCCAUUUUGGCAUCUCUUUCCACAUUCCAGCAGAUGUGGAUUUCCAAGCAGGAAUAUGACGAAUCUGGGCCAUCAAUUGUUCACCGCAAGUGUUUCUAGUCGCCUCUGUUCCCCAUUCCUUCCAUGGGCUCCUGUGUUGCUUCAUUCCAUGCUACAGAUUUUCUGUCAUUCCAUGAGGCUUUUCAAUAAAGGUUCUUUUUCUUCGUCUCUGAUCUAGAGA